CAUUUGGUUGGAGGGGUUGGCUGAGAGGAGAAGGUUUUUGACUCUGUUGUGCUCUUUCGACGUGAUGAUAUGAUUUGAUGAGUCUAUUAUUAUGGAUCAAUCAGGUAGAGACAGAUGUAGUGAUACUCUGAAUUUUCACUUUGUUGUCUAAGUAUUAGUGGAGAAGUGAAGCCCAAUUAUACCUGAACACGAGACCAAUGUCCAAGUUGAGGUUGUACAGCAAAAGGAGACAAGGGAAAGAGACACUCAAUCUGGACACAAAGGAUCGUUGUGACAAGCAUCCAGUUCUAGGCAACUUUGUCGUUUCGAAUUCUCCAUUCUUGUCAUGUGUUAUCCCAAGUAUCCAAGGAUCUUUCGAUGCCGUACAGACAGAACUCCGGCUGGCAAGUAUCCAGCGCUAUGAAUAUAUGCCUUUGAGCCCAAUAACAAAGACUUGGUAUGCUGACGUCCUUUAUGCCUCAAAAGUAGACUUUACUAGAUUACCUACCAAGGAGGAAGAACAUACACGAUUCAGCGCUAUACAUUAGUCUCGUCCACAUGUCAAAAGGUGACCUUGCCGUGGCCCGUUCCGUUCCCGUUGGAUUGAAGUCAUAGUUAUGCCUUCUCAAUCCACUCUUCGAGUUAUGCCUUCUCGAUCCACUCUUCGAGUUAUGCCUUCUCGAUCCACUCUUCGAG